AUGAGCGCCAUCAUUCCCAGCUACAAGCAUGACCUGCCCCCGGACCCAACGUCGACGCGUAACGGCCCAGAGGAGACGGCCCCGGGCGCAGGGUACUCGUUCAGCUCGAGCACGAUCGUGCGCGUCGCCAUCGCGGCGGGCAUCAUCGUCAUUGCCAUGUCAGCGUUGGUCGUCUUCAUGAAGGUCACGACGUGGAUUCGAUACCGCCAGCGAUUGAACCGCACCAUUGCGCUCCGGAACCAGCUCGACGCCGAAGAGCAGGCCCGCGCGUUCGAAAUGGCCGCGUGGUCAGAUGUACCGGGUCAAGCUCCUGUCGAGGCCACGGCGACCGGGGUGCGACCUCGCGCGUGGUGGCGACUCUGGUCACGCCACUCCAAGGCCGACAAGGACAAGGUCAAACCCCAUCGUCGCGGUAGAACGAACGCAUAUGCUGUGUACGAGUGGGAGGGGGUGCCGCAGUGA